AUGAGCAUCUGGGUCGAUAUCCUGAACGUGGCGACUGCCAUUGCCCAAGUCAUUCUGAGCCUCAGUCUCACACCGGAUCUCUACAAUGUCCACCGUCGCAAAAGCACCGGGGAGAUGGUUGCCCUCCCUCUCGUAGCGAUGGCUGUGAACAACCAUGCAUGGAUGCUGUACGGUUACUUGGCAGAUAACAUGUUCCCGAUCUUUGCCACGCAAGCUUUCAGUCAGACGGCAGCGUUGAUCUACAACAUCGUCUUCUUCCGCUACACUGUGCCCGAGAAACGUAACGCAUUGUACAAAUUGUACUCUCGAGCGUUCGCGGUGCACUGUAUGUUCUCCAUCUACACGAUUCUUGGCGUGGCUGGAGUCACAAACCAGACUAAGGGCCAGGUUGGCGAUUGGGUUGGCUACGCCGCUAUCGUCAUCAAUAUUUGGAUGUACGCGUCGCCACUGGGCACGCUUAAGCACGUGAUCGCGACCAAGAACUCCGCCUCCAUUCCGAUUAACCUGAGCGUCAUGAUCUUUGUGUCGGCUUCGUUGUGGCUCGCGUCAGGAAUUGUGGACGACGACUUCUUCGUUUGGGGAAUCAAUGCUAUUGGUACAAUGCUCAGUUUCAUCCAGAUCAUAGUAUACUACAUGUUCAGACCAACGCAUCAAGAGGAGAUCAAGGACCAGGCGAACGGAGACUUGACGGUUGUUAUCGACAACGCCACCACCACAGUCACAGUCGAGAGCCCAGUGUACAAACCGAUGCCAUCGCCAGUAAUGCCGCUGUACAAGUGA